GCGCCCGGGCGCCCGCCUCCCUCCGCCGCCGCCGACUGUCUCCCGACGCGCCGGCCGAGAGUCCUUUUUGACUGCUCGCGGCGGCAGCCGAGCUGAGGCGGCGGCGCGGGACCUGCAGUCGCCCGGGAUUCCCUCCAGGUGACGAUGCUCUGGUUCCCCGGCGUCAGGGCUCUGGCUGAGCGUCCCCGCCGGCGCUCGCCGGGGAUUACCUGCUGCGUCCUGCUGCUGCUCAAUUGCUCCGGGGUCCCCAUGUCUCUGGCUUCCUCCUUCUUGACAGGUUCUGUUGCCAAAUGUGAAAAUGAAGGUGAAGUCCUCCAGAUCCCGUUUAUCACUGACAACCCCUGCAUCGUGUGUAUCUGCUUGAACAAGGAGGUGACGUGUAAGAGAGAGAAGUGCCCAGUGCUAUCGCGAGACUGUGCCCUGGCCAUCAAACAGAGGGGCACCUGCUGUGAACGCUGCAAAGGUUGCACCUAUGAAGGAAAUACUUACAACAGCUCUUUCAAAUGGCAGAGCCCAGCUGAGCCCUGUGUCCUGCGCCAGUGCCAGGAGGGCGUUGUCACAGAGGCCGAGGUGCGCUGUGUUGUUCACUGUAGGAACCCUCUGGAGCAGCCGGGAGCCUGCUGCCCAACAUGCCCAGGCUGUGUAUUUGAGGGUGUGCAGUACCGAGAAGGAGAGGAAUUUCAGCCGGAAGGAAGCAAAUGUACCAAGUGUUCCUGCACUGGAGGCAGGACACAGUGUGUGAGAGAAGUCUGUCCCAUUCUCUCCUGUCCCCAGCACCUUAGUCACACGCCCCCAGGACAGUGCUGCCCUAAAUGUUUGGGUCAGAGGAAGGUGUUUGACCUUCCUUCUGGGAGCUGCCUCUUCCGCAGUGACGUUUAUGACAAUGGAUCCUCGUUUCUCUAUGAUAACUGCACAGCAUGCACCUGCAGGGACUCCACUGUGGUAUGUAAGAAGAAGUGCUCUCAUCCCGGCAGCUGUGACCGAGGCCUGGAGCCCUGCUGUGAGGAGUGUCUCCUUCAAGUGCCCCCGGAAGACAUCAAAGUGUGCAAGUUUGGCAACAAAGUUUUCCGGGAUGGCGAGAUGUGGUCCUCUGUCAACUGCACCAUCUGUGCUUGUGUGAGAGGCAAAACGGAAUGUCGGAGGAAGCAGUGUGUUCCCAUCAGCAGCUGCCCUCAGGGUAAAAUUCUCAACAGAAAAGGAUGCUGUCCUAUUUGUACUGAAAAGCCCGGCGUCUGCACGGUAUUCGGAGAUCCCCACUACAACACUUUUGACGGACGGACAUUUAACUUUCAGGGGACAUGUCAGUAUGUUUUGACGAAAGACUGCUCCUCCCCUGCCUCACCCUUCCAGGUGCUGGUGAAGAACGAUGCCCGGCGGACCCGCUCCUUCUCAUGGACCAAGUCAGUGGAGCUGGUGCUGGGUGACAGCACCCUGAGCCUGCAGCAGCACCUCACCGUGCGCUGGAACGGCUCGCGCGUUGCACUGCCUUGCCGUGCGCCACACUUCCACGUGGAUCUGGAUGGCUACCUCCUGAAAGUGACCACCCAAGCAGGUUUGGAAAUAUCAUGGGAUGGAGACAGUUUUGUAGAAGUCAUGGCUGCCCCCCAUCUCAAGAGCAAGCUAUGUGGUCUUUGUGGCAACUACAAUGGACAUAAACGUGAUGACUUAAUUGGUGGAGACGGAAAUUUCAAGUUUGAUGUGGAUGAUUUUGCCGAGUCCUGGCGGGUGGAAUCCAAUGAAUUCUGCAACAGACCCCAGAGGAAACCAGUUCCUGAACUGUGCCAGGGGACGGUGAAGGUAAAACUCCGAGCCCAUCGAGAAUGCCAGAAGCUCAAAUCCUGGGAGUUUCAGAGCUGCCACUCAACAGUAGACUAUGUCACUUUCUACCGGUCCUGUGUCACAGACAUGUGUGAAUGUCCAGUCCACAAGAACUGUUACUGUGAGUCUUUCCUGGCGUAUACCCGGGCCUGCCAGAGAGAGGGCAUCAAAGUCCACUGGGAGCCUCAGCAGAACUGUGCAGCCACCCAAUGCAAGCAUGGUGCAGUUUAUGAUACGUGUGGCCCAGGAUGCAUCAAGACCUGUGACAACUGGAAUGAGAUUGGUCCUUGCAACAAGCCCUGCGUUGCUGGCUGCCACUGUCCAGCCAACUUGGUCCUUCACAAGGGAAGGUGCAUCAAGCCAGUGCUCUGUCCUCAGCGGUGACCUCUGUCCUGGCCCAUAAGACUUUGAAGCCCGAUGUUCUUGACACUAAAGUGGAAGCGCCAAUGGAGGACUGCAGUAUUUGUGUGCCUGAUUCUGCAAA